CCUUUCCCUCCCUCCCCAGGGCCGCGGGCAGGCGGCGGUGGCCCGGCGCCUUCCAGGUCGGCCCAGCGGGCGGCCCCCCGGGGGCGCUGUCUCUUUAAAAGGCUGUGUCUUGUCCGGCGGCUGCCGCGGGGGAGGGGGCGCCGAUGACCGUAGUUUCUGGCCGCGGCGGCUCUGCCCCCUCCCCUCCUCCUCCCCGUGCGCCCCUCCCCCUCCUCCCUCCUCCCCGCCCCCCCGCUCUGUCCCUCUCCCUGCCGCGCUCUCUCCGUCCCCCUCUCGGGCUCUGAGGCUGCGAGCGAGCGAGCGAGCGAGCGCGCGGCGGCCGAGACGCGGAGCUCGCUCUAUGUAGGCUCUGGCCCGCCGCAUCGGUGCACCCGCCUCCCGGGCACACGCGCGCCUACCUAGACCUAAUUGGCAAUUAAACGAGCGGCGGGGGGAGAAAAGCAAGGCAGGAGGACAAGAUGGCUGAGCUAGGCAGUAAGGGAGUGACCGCGGGGAAAAUAGCCAGCAACGUGCAGAAGAAACUCACCCGUGCUCAGGAGAAGGUCCUACAGAAAUUAGGGAAGGCAGAUGAGACUAAGGAUGAGCAGUUCGAGCAGUGCGUCCAGAACUUUAAUAAACAGCUGACGGAAGGGACCAGGCUGCAAAAGGAUCUCCGCACUUAUUUGGCAUCGGUCAAAGCGAUGCACGAAGCCUCUAAGAAGCUGACAGAGUGUCUGCAAGAAGUGUAUGAGCCAGACUGGCCCGGGAGAGAGGAGACCAACAAAAUAGCAGAAAACAACGAUCUAUUAUGGAUGGAUUAUCAUCAGAAACUGGUGGACCAGGCACUUCUGACCAUGGAUACUUAUCUAGGACAGUUUCCUGACAUCAAAUCUCGAAUUGCUAAGCGUGGGAGGAAGCUGGUGGACUAUGAUAGUGCUCGCCACCAUUAUGAGUCUCUUCAGACCGCCAAAAAGAAGGAUGAAGCCAAAAUAGCCAAGCCUGUCUCGCUGCUUGAGAAAGCUGCUCCCCAGUGGUGCCAAGGGAAACUACAGGCUCAUCUCGUAGCUCAAACUAACCUGCUCCGAAAUCAGGCUGAGGAGGAGCUCAUCAAAGCUCAGAAGGUAUUUGAGGAGAUGAAUGUUGACUUGCAGGAAGAAUUACCAUCUCUGUGGAAUAGCCGUGUUGGUUUCUAUGUCAACACAUUCCAGAGCAUUGCUGGCCUGGAGGAGAACUUCCACAAGGAGAUGAGCAAGCUGAACCAAAACCUGAAUGAUGUGUUGGUGAGCCUGGAGAAGCAGCAUGGCAGCAACACAUUCACUGUCAAGGCCCAGCCAAGUGACAAUGCCCCCACGAAAGGGAACAAGAGCCCCUCACCACCACCCGAUGGUUCCCCAGCUGGCACCCCUGAGAUCAAGGUCAACCAUGAGCCUGAACCAGCCAGCCUGGACACUCCUGGGGCUGCUAUCCCCAAGUCACCGUCUCAGCUUCGAAAAGGCCCACCAGUCCCACCGCCUCCCAAACACACUCCGUCCAAGGAAAUCAAGCAGGAGCACAUUAUCAGCUUGUUUGAUGACAAUUUUGUCCCCGAGAUCAGCGUGACCACCCCCUCACAGUUUGAUGCCCCUGGACCUUUCCAGGAAAAUGCCAGCCUCUUGGAUCUGGACUUUGAUCCCAUCCCACCAAUUGCAAGCCCUGUGAAGGCACCUACGCCCUCUGGUCAGUCACUUCCAUGGGAUCUCUGGGAGGCUGCAGAGAGUCCAGCUGGCAGCCUGCAGUCUGUGGAGCAGGGCGCUGCUGAUAGCGCCAUCGGAGAGGGCGCAUUUCCCGUGGUCUGGCCCAGUCAGACCUCAGAGCCUGGGCCAGCCCAACCAGGAGAUGUGACAGAGGCUGGAGGGACGAAACCAGUGGCAGUAGCUGAAGGAGCCAAUGAGACGGCGGCAAGUGACGGGGCCUCUAGCUCCCUGCCUGCUGUGGUGGUCGAGACCUUCCCAGCCACUGUGAACGGAACUGUGGAGGGCAGUACUCCCUCUAAGAGGUCUGACUUGCCUCCAGGAUUCAUGUUCAAGGUCCAGGCGCAGCACGACUACACCGCCACCGACAGCGACGAGCUGCAGCUCAAGGCCGGUGACGUGGUGCUGGUGAUUCCCUUCGAGAACCCGGAGGAGCAGGAUGAAGGCUGGCUGAUGGGUGUGAAGGAGAGUGACUGGCACCAGCAUAAGGAGCUGGAGAAAUGCCGAGGUGUUUUCCCUGAGAACUUCACGGAGAAAGUCCAGUGAGAGCUGGAGUCAUCACUCUUCUUUCAAGGGGAGUGAAGCCCCCUUUCCCCGCCUCCAAAAAAAUUAUGUCUUUCUGGGCUUUUUCUUUUUUUCUUUUCUUUUCUUUUUCUUUCUUUCUUUCUUUUCUUUUUUUUUUUUUUUUUUCCCUUUUUGCUGUUGGUGAAAACAUAGGGGGAAAAAAAAACAAGGAGAAAGAAGAGGAAGAACAGAAGCCGCAAAACAAAAUGGAUGACAACCAGAAUUUUAAUUUGUCAGAAUGAUGUUUUAAAAGUGUUAUUUUGCAGCUGAUGUAUCUCUAUAGUUGAGUUCCAGGGCUGAGCUACCCCUGUUCAGUUCUCAGUAGCAUGUGAGCCCUGAUUAGGGAACACCCACUUGGAGGGAAGAGUAACCUUGUUGGAGACACUCCACAGGGCAUACCCAGACCAUUAUGCUUGCCAGCCACUGUGGGUGAACACCAUGCACCCAUUUUCUCAGCAGCUGCUGUUGGCGUGGGUGUUUACAGGCAGCCCCUCCUAAUCUUGGCUCCAAAGAUCCUUCUCCAACCCCACUGACCAGGACAUUUGUUGUGCUGUUUGAUUAUAAACUUAGUGUACAGUGUUAAAUGAAAACAAACAAACAAACAAAAAUGCCACCAUAAAACUACAAGAAAAAAAGCAAACCAACUAAACCCAAAACAAAUUGUACGUUUCUUUUUUCUCCUCUCCCUCUUUCCUCCCCAAAUAAGUAUAAGUUGACUGUGAUUUGGGAUUUUAAACUGUGAUGAAGGAAAAGCUAAAGAAAGUUGACUUAAGGCCUACAUUUAAUCAGAGGGAAACCUUCCUCCUCCCAAUUGAAGCUUGACACUUGGAGGUUUUGCCCUCUGAGUGGGGACAAAUUAAUGUGAAAAUGACCACUGAUUGAAGAAAAGGAGCAGAAAACAUGCUGAGGAAAAGGAGGCAAAGCUGGAGAUGGAGGCAGCCUGUUUUCUUAAAAUUAAAUAACCUUUCAAAAUUGUACCUUUUUAUUAGUAGCAGAGUGCAGCCCUCGGGAAUACUGAUCUGCCCUUUAUUUGUUGGUGUUGAAUGGUUGAUUUUUUUCCCCAUGGAGAAUUCUGCAGACUGGCUAGUGUUAGAGCUCCCUUCCUUUCCCUGUUGUUGGCUAGGGUCAGAGCCGUGUGAGCUUUUUAAAACUCUAUUUAAUAUCGCUGCAUGGUGUUCUUAUCCCGUUGGGGGAGAGGAGCUUUCAGAGAAGAAGGGGAUUUUUGGAAGAGGCGAAAGGUGUGAGAAUUCAGGCAUUCCCAUUCCUCCAUGUUUGUUCUGGCUUCUACAGGAGGGAAGGGGUUUGUGUUGGUCAUAACUAAGGAUACUUGAACACAGAUGCAAACCAACCAAUAACGCUUCUCCCUCCUGGUCUCUCUCCUGGUUUUUCCUCUUCCCCUCUCCCCUCAUUCUUUCUCCUUUUGAUGUAAACUCUUCUCUUGGGAAAACUUCAUUUAGAACACAUGGGGCUUCCAUGCUCAGGCUUCAGCCAGUCUGAACAAAAUAGCAAAUUUUGCCUACACGGGCAGAAACAGCUUCCAGGGACUGCAGGUGUAGCUAUUGUUAUUGCUCCGAUGAUGAGUAGGAGUAUUGAGGUGGGAGGGGGAGAUCCAGGAGCCGGUCUUGUGUUCUAGGGUGGAUGGAUUUCAUUUGAAAGAGUCAUCUUCUGCAUUUUGCUCAGUGUUUUAUUUUUAAAAUGAAAAACACAACAAAAUGAAACAAAAAACCUGUACUCCAUUGUUGUGUGUGUGUAUGUAUGUGUGUGUAUGUGUGUGUAUGAUUUUUCUUCUCUAUUUUCAUGGAUGGCCGUCAUAGCUUGCCUCUGGCUGGAACAGCUUGUGAUGACUUGAGUAUCCAGCAGUAAGGCAGUCUUGCAAAUAGCCACCUCUCCCUCCCCCCAACUUGCCCAGGGACAAAGGCCAGCAAACUGUCAGGCUUGUGGAAGCAGCUUCUUUGGGUGGUAUGCCCCAGGGUUCUCAGGGAGGGUGGGCUGGGAAAACGCUAUGGGCGGCUGGUUUGGGUACUUUAUCUGCAAGGCUGACUUAGUUAUGUGAUGGUCAUUCCCUAAGAAUGUUACAGUGUGUUUGCCUUGUUAGUUGAAAAAAAAAAGUAGUGAUGUUGGUUUCUCUUUUGGAAAAUCUGAACAAUGUAAUGAUCGAUCCAUGUGAAACUCUAUUUUUAUGCAUUUGUAAACCUGGUUGAAUCUUCUCAGAGCAAUGUUUUAAAAUAUAUAUCUACAUAAAUAUAUAACAGAGUAAAGCAAGUGAAUUGGGUUAAUGCCAGAAUUUUAGCUUAAAUUUGUUUAUUUUUAUGCAAAAUUUAUGACUUUUUUUUUUUUUUAAGACAGCAGGAUUAUAGUUUUAUCCUCUGAGUAUUCUCCUGGGGUUAUUUGUUUGGUUGGCACUUCAGCAAAUCUUUGUGCAGUACAUAUCGCUGUAGACAGUCAAACAGAGAGACCCUUGUUGGGGGGGGGAGGGGGAAAUGUUUUUGUUUUUGUUUUUUUUAAAUUUUAAGUUAUUUCCAGAAUGGAAACCAAAUAAUCAAAUUUCUUUCAUUCAAUAAACAUUGAGUUCCUCUUCUGCGCCUGUCCCUGUGGUGGAUAUAAAAAAAAAAAUAAAAGAAAAAGCUUAAGGUAUAUAGUUGGGAUACUAUGAUGAGCACACAAUUAGCUCUAUCUACAACAAAGAACCGUCAGUGCAUGAGGAAUUGAGAUAAGAAGGAGCUGACACUUUCCAGUAGCUUUCACUCCAGUGCUAUGGGUCACUGGGUCUCUAAAAGGAACAGUUUUUCCCCCCGUAUGCCAUUUUUUUCUGGGUCAUAUGUUCCGAAGAGUUGCCGGUGAGAUGAAGCCCAUCUCUGUGUGACUUUGGGCAAAUGAUUUGCCCUCCUUGAAGCACAAUUUCUUCAUCUGUAAGGAUGAGAAGUUGAAAGAUUUAGCCUCUGAGGUCCUUUCCACUCUAAUCAAUCUAACAACAGCUUGAAAGAAAUCUAUAUGGAAAGUAAAUGCGAAUA